AUUUCCAUUCCCUGUCGUCCAAACACAAUCCCCUUUCUCCCCUUUUCUUCUUCAAAGGGUCCGACCAUUUUUUUGUUCUUUCUUUCUUUCUUUCUUUCUUUCUUUCUUUCUGUGUUAUUACAAACAGUGAAAGUUUUUAUCUUUUUUUUUUUUUGUUUGUAAUUUGUAUCAACUCACUUAUGGUCAUUCUUCAUCAAUUGGGUUUUGACCAAAAUCACAAAAAAAAAAAAAAAAAACACCAAUUUCUUCUGGGGGUGGUGAUUGUAUUGUUUUUCAAAUGAUCCCUAAACCUUGAUUCAUCUUCUGGGAUUUUUCCCCCUCUUUUGAUUGGAGCCCAUUUCUUUGUUAUUCUUCUUCUUCUUCGAUUUGAUUUGAUUUCAUUUUCCAGCUUCCAAAUCCACUCAGGAUUCGUCGUUCGGGCUCGGAAUCGAGUAGUAAUGGGGAGAACUGAUGAUAAUGUUGCUAUUAUUGGGGAUUGGGUACCUCCAAGUCCUAGCCCAAGAACCUUUUUCUCAGCAAUGCAAAUGCUAGGGGAGGAUAUUGGUUCUUCUAAACCUUCAAUGGACACUACUACCAGCAGUGAUCAUAAAACCGAAGAACUCUUUCUCAGGCCUCGAGAACAAACCGUGUCCGAAAACGCCAUUGCAAGAGGCGGGAUCCCGGGUGUCAAUUCAGGGGACCGGGGAAUGGAGUUCGGUACGUUCUCAGAGCAGAAAUUCCGUGGGGGACUCGUGGAAAGGAUUGCAGCUAGAGCUGGCUUUAAUGCUCCAAGAUUGAAUACAGAGAGCAUUAGAUCAACAGAUCAUUCUUUGAAUUCAGAAGUAAAGUCUCCUUAUUUGACAAUACCACCUGGUCUCAGUCCAACUACAUUGCUAGAUUCUCCAGUUUUUCUUUCAAAUUCACUGGCUCAACAAUCUCCCACAACUGGGAAGUUCCCAUUUUUACCAAAUGUAAGUAGCACUCGGAGCUCGACGAUGAUGCCAGAGGCCAACAACAAAGGCAACAACAAUCCGUUCCACGAUAACAAUACAUCAUUUGCUUUCAGACCCAGUGUGGAAUCUGGAUCCUCCUUUUUUCUCAAUGCAGCAAGCAAAACAGCUUCUGCUACUGUUCUUCCACAAUCUUGUCCAAGAAUUGAGCUUCCAGUUCCACGUUCAGAAAAUUCUUUUCAAUCUCAUCUUGCUGAACCAUCUCUGUCUUUACCCCAAAAUCGAAUCGGUCACCAUCCUCAAGUGGGACUCUCUACAACGUACGUUGAGAAGGACGAUGGGAGUAAGGCUGUGUCAGAAGAGCAAAGACCCUUUGAUUCUCUUGGUGGUGGUAGUGGUGAACAUUCUUCGCCUCUCGACGAGCAACUGGAUGAAGGGGAGCAAAGAGGCAGUGGGGAUUCUAUGGCUGGUGGUGCUUGCGGUGCUCCCUCGGAGGAUGGGUAUAAUUGGAGAAAAUACGGACAAAAACAGGUCAAAGGAAGUGAGUAUCCUCGGAGUUAUUACAAGUGCACACAUCCUAACUGUCAGGUCAAGAAGAAGGUCGAGCGAUCUCACGAGGGCCAUAUAACAGAGAUCAUCUAUAAAGGAGCACAUAACCACCCAAAGCCUUCACCAACCCGACGAGGAGCAAUCGGAUCUUCCGAUUCCCAUAUGAAUAUGCAACUAGACAUCCCUGCACAAGCAGGUCAACAAAGUGCUGAUGUUCCUCUUUGGGAAGAUUCACAAAAAGGGGUUCCAAGUGGAGCUCCUGAUUGGAUGCAUGAGAACCUUGAGGUGACUUCUUCAGCAUCUUUGGGUCCUGAAUAUGGCAAUCAGCCUAACACUUUACAAGCUCAAAAUGGGAGUCAUAUUGAAACAGUUGAGGCCAUUGAUGCCUCAUCCACAUUCUCUAAUGAUGAAGAUGAAGAUGAUAGGGGAACACAUGGCAGUAUAACAUUGGGAUAUGAAGGGGAAGGAGAUGAAUCUGAGUCUAAGAAAAGGAAACUCGACGCCUAUGUAACAGAGAUGAGCGGGGCCACUAGAGCUAUCCGUGAGCCUAGAGUUGUUGUCCAGACUACCAGUGAAGUUGAUAUUCUGGAUGACGGUUAUCGUUGGCGCAAAUACGGACAGAAGGUUGUUAAAGGAAAUCCAAAUCCUAGGAGUUACUACAAGUGCACAAAUCCUGGCUGCACAGUGAGGAAGCAUGUCGAGCGGGCAUCACAUGACCUGAAAUCCGUGAUAACCACAUAUGAAGGAAAACACAAUCAUGAUGUUCCUGCAGCUCGCAACAGUAGUCACAUCAGUUCAGGUACAUCCAGUCCUGUAACUGGUCAAAACUCGACCGCGGCAAUUCAAACUCAUGCUCACAGGCCAGGGCCACCCCAGCCUCAAAAUACCAUUCCAAGAUUUGAAAGGCCAGCUUUUGGGUUUGCUGGAAGACAGCAAAUGGGGACUGCCCAUGGCUUUGCUUUUGGAAUGAACCAACCUGGAUUGGGAAAUCUGACCAUGGCAGCAGUUGGGCAACCCAAGCUUCCCGUCUUGCCAAUGCAUCCUUACUUAGGACAAGCACACCAUGUUAAUGAAAUGGGUUUCUUGUUGCCUAAAGGAGAGCCCAAUGUAGAACCUACAUCUGAUCUUGGCUUGAACUUUUCCAAUGGUUCAACUGUGUAUCAGCAAAUUAUGAGUAGGCUUCCACUUGGACCUGAGAUGUGAGAUUUUAUUAAAACCUUUUUCUCUCAAUCUUUGUUCACUAGGAAAGUAAAAGUCUUUACUAGUACACAUAGUCAUUAUAAUAUGAAUACACAUGUGUGACAUUUCUACCGGUAAA